CAUCAUUCUGUUGCCUUGCAAAUGGACGUCAAGCGAGUUUUUGGGUCUCGCGAAAUUUGUUUAUAUCUACGACAAUCGGCUUUCAAAACUUUUGUAAUUAGUUUCCAAAAACGUUCCGCGGCCCCUACGAUGUAGUGGGUGCAUUUAGUAACUGCGGCAAACCUGUUUUUCGACCAUAUUCGUGAAGGGUUUUUGCUGCACCAUUUUAGUUGAAGCAAUUGUGAAAAAUCGUCGUUCGCAAUAUUUUUUUCCGUGCUCUAAUCCCGUGUUUGUUGUUAGUUUUAAGUUUUAAUACGUUUUAAGUCGUGUAAUAGUUGUUUUUUCGUAAGUUUAGUGUUGCUGUUAAGUGUAGUAGUGUAAGUUAUUUUUUCUUGGUGUUGUUUCUUCAAAAUGGAAUCUAACUAAGGCAUUAUCAUGGCACUGUGUGAGAGUCAACUGGAUUCGGCCCUGCCCCCCCUGCAGCGGGAGGACUCCUCCCCCCGCACCAGUCAGGAGUCUCCGGAGAAGAAGCCCAAAAUGCAACCCAAUGGAGACAUUUAUGGUCUUGAUCAAGUUCCUGGCGGUUUGCCACUGUCAGUGGACUACAGAUCCCCCGUGUCCCACUUCGUUCCACCCGCGGUGGAGCUGUACGCAGCCCGACAGAAGACGGAACCCAUAUCUACGCCGGAGUCAAGUGGUACUCCAACGCCGAUCAAACGUAAGCGCGGUCGCCCUCGGAUUGACAAAACAUCGCCAGAGUAUCUCGCCAACCUGGCGGCGAGGAAACAAGCCAAAGAAAUGGCGGCCAUGAUCAGCAGCGGCGUCGACGGCACUCCCCCCGGGGAGAAGAGGAAGCGUGGCAGACCACGCGUGGACAAGACGAGCCCUGAGUACCUGGCCAGGAAGCGCGCGAGGGAACUCGAAGCGUUAGAAAGAAAGGCAAAGAGGGAGUACAGACGACGCACCACUGGCGCUAAAACGGGAAACAUAACACAACAGAAACUGCCAAGGAAAGUACAAGGGAGGGUCGUUAACAAAAUACCGGUAUCAACCCCUAGGAACGUACCGGUAGCCGUUAACACUAGGAAAAUACCGGUAACAACCGGUAAUAAUAGAAAACCGGUAACAACCGGUAAUAAUAGAAAACUUUCGGUAACUACCGGUAACGGUAGAAAAGUACCGCAAACCGCAAACGGUAGAAAACCGGUGGGUAUUAGAAAAAUACCGGUAAAAGGGGCGAAAGUUAAAGUCGGCGAAAGGAAAGUUCUAGUGAGGCGAACCCCGAAAUUCGUUAAAAAAAGAGGGCUCCCCUCGUCGAGUGGCGGAAGGGAGUCGCAGCGAACGGAACAGUCACGCUGCUCAACUGCGGAUUCUGCAGCAUCGUCGUCGGCGGGGGAAUCUACGCCGCGGGUGAAGCGCAAAUACACUAAACGCGCGCCGAGUGCUAAGAAAAAUGAUUCCCCAGGAACAGAGAAGGUAAAGGGCAAGCGAGGUCGACCCCGGAAGACAGACCAGCUCGCCAACAAACAGUUGCAGCAACCCAAGAUCCGCGUCAGGAGUAACCUUAUGCCCACAAACAAUGAGACAAUCACACUGGACAGCGAUGAUGAACCGGAUCUGGGGUCUCCAAGCCAGGCCUCCGAUUCGCUCAGUUUGGACGAGAACCUACGCGCCCUCAGGCAUAUCCAUGAGAAAUACGCCAACAUCGACAAGGACGAGUUGUACGAAGCUCAUUUGCUGGCAGCUAACUUCAAAAAACCCACUCCGGACCAGCAGAGGUUGAGGGAUGAUGACGAGGUGCUGUCCAUCAGGAGUUCGGAGGGUAACGCGUCGGUGAAAGAAUUAGACACCAGAGUGGAGAAACUUGAGGACAGUUCCAAUUCUGACUCCGACAGCAGCAGCUCGGGAUCAGGCAGUUCCUCGUCCGGGUCCAGUUCCUCGUCGUCGUCCUCUGGCAGCAGUUCCUCAGAGAGUUCCGACUCCGAUUCAGACUCGGAGGCGCCGCCCAACAAACCGCCUGAGACCGCGCAGAACAACGACGCGCAUGAAGAUGACAGCAGGUCGUUCGGCGCGUGGUCGUACAGCGGGCAGCAGUCGGACUCGGACUCGGACCCCGAGCGCGCCGGCGAGCCGGACGGCGUCCGCGCCGAGCACGACGAGAUCUCCGAGUCCGACAACGAGAGCGCCGACAAGAGCUUCCAGUGCCACAUCUGCCGCAAGUGGUACUCCACCCGAGUGACGCUCAAGAUCCACCGCCGCAGCCACCAGAACCGCGGUGGGGGCACGUCGCGCUCGCGCACGCGCUCCUCGGACCGCUACGAGUGCGACUGCUGCAACGAGACGUUCAACCGCCGGGAGAAGCUAUGGGACCACAAGGCGAGUGCGCAUCGCGGCGCAAUGACAGUCCGCUGCGAGGUGUGCAGGAAAUGUUUCGAGGACGACUCGGAGCUGAGCGCGCACCUCGCCAUGCACACCGCCGACGAGAGGGCUGGGCGUUGCGCGGACUGCGGCGCGUUGUUCCCGCGCUGGGAGCAGCUGCGGCGGCACCGCGCCGUGGCGCACGGCGCCGCUGCGCCCGCGCAGGGCGGCCGCCUGGCGCACGCCUGCCACCAGUGCGGGAAGAGAUUCGGACAUGCGCACUCGCUCACACGACACAUGCACAACCACGCCAAGCAGCUGUACCGGUGUGUCGUCUGCAAGGCAUCGUUCGCGCGCGCCGACCAGCUCGCGCAGCACCUCAACAGUCACCUCGCCAACUACAAGCGCUUGAAACCAUAAGACCGUACUCUAGGGAGCACGGAGGGCCUAGCACCGAUCGCUUUGCAAAAAUACAUUCUAGAAAAAAAAAACAAGUUAAGACAAGUGUUAAGAACGGUAUUGUUUAUUUUGUUUCAUUGUUUCUUAAUACACAACAUAGCAAUCAUACGUAAAAUCACGCCCGUACGCUAUUAGGGUAGGCAGAGAAUACAAAAACACUUUGAAUAUCACUUAGACUAUUAUCAUCACAUGUUGAUACUGUUUGAUACAUUGUUUUAAGUUUACGCGGUUAUUAUCAUAAUUAAAGCACAUAAUAAAGGGUUCUUACGGGUUGGUUCCGAACAUUCCGAUAUCAAAAACAUAAACAAGCGGCAAAGAAAGAGGGUAGACAGAUAUGUCUGCCCGUAGAAAAUUAUGGAUCUACCUACUCCACUCCAAUCUCAUCAGUCAU